CUUUCGAGAGUUUGUUCUCACUCCGAAAACGCCAAAUACGCUUUUCAAACCAAAAUGGAGGAUUUGUCGGUCGAGGUGUACGGUGAAAAUGGUGCUUAUUAUAAGGCCAUUGUCACCGACGUGCUCGACAACGAGGUUCUCGUAGCCUUUGAAAAUGACUGGCAACCGGAGUCUAAAUUCCCUUUCUCGCAAGUGUUCUUGCCACCUAAAGACACUGGCAAACACACAGAAUUCGUGGAGACCCAAGAGGUCGAAGUAUUUGCGAGGUCAAAUGAAAAGGAAGCAUGUGGGUGGUGGACAGCAAAUAUCAAGAUGAUAAGGGGUGACUUCCUCGUAAUAGAGUAUUUAGAAUGGGACAACUGCUAUACAGAAAUAGUGCCAAAGGACCGCCUCAGGGUCAAGACACCCAAAACACCGAUUGACAAAAACACCUUCCAUAAGUUUGAAAUAACAGUACCUGACGAUCUCAAGGACUACUUGCAUGACAUGCACAGUGCUAAGGUGGAGAAUGCACACAAGGAGUUCCAGAAGGCGAUCGGCGCCGCGCUCGUCUGGUACGUGCCCGAACGCGCCGUGCUCGCCGUCAUAUCGCGCUGCGAGACCUCCCACCGACGCGCUGAUAUGCUGCAAGAGAUGCACUUUAGGAACUUAGCUCAGAAGCUGUUAUUGCUAAAAAAGACUGAAGAGGCAGCAAGACAACUUGAGUCAACUAAAAUUCACAAUCAAGGAGGAUACACGGACGAGUUUUCCGUGCGCGAGGAUCUGAUGGGCCUCGCGAUCGGCACGCACGGCGCCAACAUACAGCACGCGCGCAAGGUGCCCGGCGUCACCAACAUCGAGCUCGAGGAGGUCUCCUGCACCUUCAAGAUCUGCGGGGAGUCGACAGAAGCGGUGCGUAUGGCGCGCUCACUGCUAGAAUACGCGGAGGAGUCGAUCACUGUACCACGUGCAUUGGUUGGCAAAGUUAUAGGCAAAAACGGCAAAGUCAUACAAGAGAUAGUCGACAAGAGUGGCGUCGUCAGGGUGAAAGUGGAGGGUGAUAAUGAGCCAGAGCCGUCGGCGCCGCGCGAGGAAGGCAUGGUGCCAUUCGUGUUCGUCGGUACCAGAGAGAACAUCGCUAACGCGAAAGUGCUCGUCGAAUAUCACGUCGCGCAUUUAAAGGAAGUGGAGCAGUUGCGCGCGGAGAAGCUGGAGAUAGACCAGCAGCUGCGCGUGGUGCUGAGCGGCAACGCCACCAUGUUCCCGCCGCCGCGCGGGCAGCCGCCCACGCGCGCGCGCCGCCCGCGCCCGCCGCCGCCGCGGUACCCGCCCGGCGGGCGACGUAUGACUCCGGAACUGGGCGAGGAGCGCGGCGACGGCGGCGGCGGGUACCGGCCGAGGCCCACGCGUCAGCCGAGGCCCAAUAGGUCCAGCGAGCGCGGCGAGCGGCGCGUGCCGCUGGAGAACGGCCGCGCGCACACGCACACGCACCCGCCGCGCGGCGCCGCGCACCCCGCCCCGCCCAGACCCAACAGUGGGAGGCGACGUGAAGAUAGAAGAAGGCAAACUGACGACGAAAGCUCCGUACUAGACAGCCAGGACGUAUCCAGCGCCGACAGAGAGUCCGCCACGUCUGAGGAGGGACGCGACAAGCCGGCCACUGCGCGGCGCCGCCGCCGCAGGAACCCAGGUGGCGGGUGGAAGAACGGUGUGGGCCCUGCGGCGGGGGCGGGCGGCGAGGGCUCCGGGGACAAGCGGGCGGCGGCGGGCGCGGGCGCGGGCGCGGGCAGCAAGGCGCGGCGCGACGGGGCGGGGGCGGCUGCGGGCGCGGGCGCGGCAGCGGGCGCGGGUGUGGGCGCUGCGGGCGCGGGCGCGGGGGCGGCGAAGGCCAAGGCCGAGCCUCUGGUUAACGGCAGCGCUUGAGGGCGCGGCCCCCGCCCCCCGCCCCCCGCCCGGCGCGGCCCCGGCCCCGGCCCCGGCCCGCCGCCGCCGCCGCCGCCGCUCCGGCCCGACGCCGGCGCGAGACAGAUAUUAUUAUCCUAACGUUAACGUAACAUGUAUCGUGUGUCGACUCUCCGGUCGCGCGCGACGCGGAGGGCCGCACGUCACUAGACUUACUCGUAUUAUGCUUUUAUAAGAGAUUCGUGAUUUGUAUUCCUGAUUAUUCGAUAAAUAUGAAAAAUUAAACAUGUGUACGUCGCUCCCCGGACGAUAGGAGCCGAUCGCGGCCUUUCGGUACGUUUAUGGGAGAUCGGACAUAGCGCAGUACAUACGUGUGUCGUAGCCUGUACUCUGUGGUUAUGUGAUUUCCUAUAAAAUAAACAUUUCUGUACAUGUCGUAGAGCGCGGCGGCGAGAGAUCGCGACCGGUCCCGUCUCGUCGCGACGAGGGCGGCUCGGGAUCUUCCACCGUCCGGCGUAGUUAAUUAUUACAUACAUUUUAUAAUAAUAAUUUACAAAAAUAUUAGUAGUCGCUAAUGGAAACUUUACACUGGAUUCGAUAUACGACACUACAUUGGAAGAUUCCACGGAACCUCGCGGGGAAGGGUACGGGGAACGUUUAUUCGGUGUGACACUAAGAAUUUCAAAUUCUAAACGUGGAUGACGCAUUCUUAUCUAUAAUGUUUAUCUUUAUUUACAUCUAAAUCUAAAUUUUCAGUCAUUACAAGAAUAGUACAGUGAUAUGCAUUAUUGCCGGGAUAUCACUAAGAAAUUGUAUAAUUAUAAUAUUUACAGAUAGAUAUGCUUUCGAGCGAACUUUACAAAGUAUUUUUUUUUUGUUUAGAAAAUAUACGAUGUCAUUUUGUAGUAAGUGAUAUGUCUACUUGUACACGAUUCGAACAUAUUCACAAUUUAACUUAGCAAUCACAAUAGAAAGAUGUAUGUUUAGAGCUCAUUUUAAUCGUGUUAGUUACUUAAUCCAUGAUAAAAAACUAGCGUAUUAGUUUUGUUUCAAUAUCAAAAUAUGAGAAAUCCAAAAAGUAUACAAAUAAUCAAAUGUGGAAUAUAUCCUUGGAAUUGUGAAGUGUUCCCGUGUGGGUAUUGAUGUGUGGACACCCCGGGAUAGUCGUUCACGGUUCCAAGGUAAACAUACUUAUUGUGAGAUAGGUUUAUUGACCUCUUGUAUGCGGAUAUGGAAACUGUGAUCUUGCGGUAUUGACGUUCGUUCAGAGAAACAAUACGCUUUGCAUUUUUUUUUUUUAAUUUUUACUUGUAGACUGUAAUGAUAUUGUAUAUAACUCACUUAAUUUCUACAUAAUGAGUGUAGGCUUAACAUUUGAAGUCAAAUAAAAGCUUUAUUUUGUAAAUGGUAGUUUUGUUUUAUGUACCUUUCGAUAUCGAUUUAACUUGGGUGUUUUAGUAGAAACAGUUGAUACUUUUUUACUAUUCGAAGAGGUGCUGUUUGGCUCUCAAACGAGACGACGAAAUACACAAGAGCCGCAUACAAGAGGUUGGGCCAAAAUUUGGAUUGGGUAUUUUGCUAUGUAAUUAUAAGACUAUGUCAAAUGUUUACGAAGUAUACAGGACUGAAGUGAAUAAAAUAUCUUUGAAACAA